AUGGGCUGUGCUUAUCAUUAUUGUCCCAAGGCUGGUUGGCUCCCAGGAGAAUUUAGCCGACAGAUGCACGCUGAGUCUGUCUGCAGGUGCCGCGUUGAUACCCAGUCUGCUUGGUCUUCAGCGAGAACAACAAUGUCAAUGGGUCUUAUGGAGUGUAUUGAAGCUCCAAUAUUUGAUUCGGCCUCAACCAUGAACUGGAUAGUUUCAUCGGGAUUUGCUGAGAGGCCGACCGCCACCCUAAUAGCUGCAGCUGCCAGCAUGGAAUGUGGCGAAGAGUUCAUCGAUCCAUCUCUGCUGUGCCACUCGACGCUCGACGGGCAUGAUUUGGACUCCAGGCAUUUUAAUCUUUCCAAUCCGCAGCCUUAUGAUCUGAAUCUCCAGCAAGUACCAGCGGUCCUGCCCAACGCCCAGCAACGGGCUGUGCCAAGCGAGCUAUUUGAGGAUGCGACCACCAACAACACUACUGCCCCGCGGGGCCAACUUCCACGGCGUAGAAGUCGGUACUUAACGAGGCAUUCGGGGACACAAGCAUACUCUGUGAUGAUACCAAAAGCAAGCAGCUUCAGUCCUAUGGAGCGCUGGCGGAAUUCGCCCCCUGAGGAAGAAGGUUGCCUAAUCCCCGAUAUCAUCGAUGCUCUCAGAGACAACCCAAGCCAAGGGGUCCAAACCAACUUGCAAAACCCCGGCGACGACUACAGUGCGUUCCAUGGGUAUCGGAGAGCUGCUUCAAUUACUAGCGGGGAGUCUAGUGCAUCCUCGCGAAGCACCCAGAAAUCCGGGCGUUCAAGCUCAUCGGCCCAGAAUCCAUUGGCGGUACAGGGGCGUCACGGCAACAUCAGGGCGGGCAAGACUACGAGACGAAAGACGAAGAUUACUUCGACCACUGCUCAGCGUCGAUACUGCUGCACAUUCUGCUGCGACCGGUUCAAAAGCAAGUAUGACUGGGCACGACAUGAGAAAUCGCUCCACGUCACCUUGGAAGCAUGGCACUGCGCGCCUUAUGGCACUACCAUUAUGUCCUCUAAUGAACCUUCUAUGACUAGAUGUGCCUUCUGUGGGCUUACUAACCCCGACUCCGACCAUCUGGAGGAACACGCCGCCACAGCUUGCGAGGACGAGUCCAGCAGUCGACGUUCCUUCCGCCGUAAAGAUCACUUAGUGCAGCAUCUACGGCUCGUACACAAUGUCGACUCCCCGCCACAACUCGACAGUUGGAGGAUCGGACAGUCCGCCAUCACCUCGCGGUGCGGCUUCUGCAGUCAAGCGCUGAUGACCUGGAAAGAGCGUGUGGACCAUCUAGCCGAACACUUUCGGACAGGCUCGACAAUGGCAGAGUGGCGCGGCGACCAUGACUUCCCGCCUGAUUUCGCCGCCCUAGUAGCCAAUGCAUUGCCCCCUUACCUCAUCGGCUCAGAAUCUCAGAGCAUGAUUCCAUUUUCAGCGACAAAUUGCGAUGUGGAAGAUCAUUUGGCGCAGAUUUACUCCCGAGCUAAUUGGGACGCGAAAGACCAGAAAGAGGCCAGCACUAUUACAGCCCCUUCGGCUCCAAGUGUAGCCUUGCCCUUGCGGGCUCUUGCACCGGGUGUUGCCCCCGAGCGGCUCAGCUCGUUCACCCAAGUGCUAACGCUGCAUCUCAGCCGGUUUGCACAGGAACAGAUGAAAAAGGGCGUGAUUCCGAGUGACGAGAUGUUCCAGCAGGAAUCCAGACGAGUACUGUAUGACUCAGAUGAUUCAUGGAACCAGACGAUUGCAGAUAAUCCGGAGUGGCUGGCUACUUUUAAGGAUCUGCAUUUCGAUAAAGAGAAGGGUUCUGUGCUUCCUAAUCUCAGGGCUGCUGAUGCUGCUGCCAACCGGAGAUGCAACAGCCGAUCUGUAUCUCCGGGAGCGAUCGUCACUGUGGUCAAAAUAUGGGAUGUAGGUACCGGAUGA